AUGAGCGGCGGCGGCAACGGUGAUCAUCGCAACGAAAGCAGCAACGGCUCUGUUCGAAGCAAUGCAAGCAACUCGGGAUCGUUCAAGAGACGAUCUAGGAUCUUGAUGAAGAUCAUUCCUUUCGCUAGAGAAUCCCCUUCGGCACCGCCUUCUCCGGCACUCGAACACACGCAGCGGUAUGGAACCUUUCCGCGUAUUCGUCGCAAGGAGUCGGAGGAGCGAAUCGAAACGCUCGCGGCGAGGUUCGGCGAGAUGAAUACCGAGUUGCUGUCACCACCGCACUCUGCGUCUUCGAUGCAUUCCACCUUCUCAUCGACGCAGAGUACCGGUGCGAGAUCGACUCCGGCGACAUCGCCGGAAAUGACGCUGCCCGACCUCCCAUCGGGUCGAGGGUCGGGCAGCCACGUUCGACGACCGAAGAGCGCUUCCAGCAGAGAAUCCGUUCGGACGCUGUUCAACUCUCACUCCAAUCAUAGUCUGCAUUCGAAAGCAGCAUCCCAGCAGCAGCAGCAGCAGCAGCAAACGACCAACGAGUCGGAAUGGGAAAGGAUGCUAGAGGCGGCAGAGUAUCGUGCUUCCUGGCAGACCAGUAUCGAGCAUCGACCUCGUCAACAUCAGCCUAGCCCGAGCAGCAAAAGCGGAGCGACGGGCGGGACUUGGCCGAAAAUAUCGGGUCCGAAUCAUCAGCAAAAUGGUUUGCGGUUGGAGCACAUGUUUGUCGACGCAAGCGAUGAUGCGAAGGGGAGGAAUUACGCUGAGUCAAGCUAUUCGGGCUUUCCUUUGGGGAGGAACGACAGUGGGUGGAGCGUGGGUAUGUCUGCAGCGGGGAGUAGGCAGGCAUCCGUUGGGGGUAGACCGCCGAGGAGUGCUCCGAAUGCGUCUGAUCUUCGAAACGUAGGUCAGGCAAAGUUCGGGACGCUGCCGAGAGCCAAGUCAAAACGGCCUUCUACGACGGGUUCUUCCAUGCGAGGAGAACCGGCGCAAUUCGAACUCAAGCCAGCAUCUGAGCGAUCCCAGCCUGCCGACAAAGAUGUGCUCGGUACUGCCUCGCUCGGACGUGCAACAACGCUUCGCAAGCGGCAGAUUCCCGACGCAGCAUCCAUCUGGCAGAUGGGUCGAAGACGAUCCUCGGGCGUCGGUCUUUCCUCCACCACCUACGGAUCCUUCUCCGCCGGUGGAGCGACUCGUAUGAUGCCGACGAUCCCACAAGGACAUUCUCGCGAGACUUCAAUCGCAGAGACCGCCACCUCCACGGACGGGUACGAAUCCAUGCCGUGGCUAGGUGUCGAUCCGUACGCCCAAGAUCCCGCCGACACCUUCCCGCGCGGCUACUCGAUCUCCCACCGUCACGACAGUCUCGCCUCGGAGUCCGGCGGAGAAUACCUCCCGAUCCGAUUCUACACACGACGCGAAUCGCAAGACGACAUCGCGCUACUCGACCUGACGCGACGACGUGAUCCUUCCCCUCACCAAGAACCGCAGGGGCCCAUCUUCAACCUGCAUCCGUUCCAAAAGACCAGCCCGGCUCGACCGGGCCUGGUGAGAAGCACUUCCUCGCCGGCGGACGAAAAGGUCGACGCAAGGUUCUUCAGGCACGCUGAUGUGCCCGAGGCAGUGACGGGCUCCGAGGCGGAGGAUGAUGGCGCCUUGAAUCUCGAUGGAGACGGGUGGUGCAGGAGGAGAAGCACUUUUUCCAGCCUGCUGCCCUCGCCUACGACGGGGCCCAGCCAGCAGUAA